AUGUCUUGCUGCCACUUCUAUGUUGUUUGUUCUCUCUUUGUGUUUCUUUGUUCCUCCUCCUCCUCCUUUAAAAAGAAAAAAAAAACAGACCUCGUGGUUGCCUUAUAUGAGGACUGUAAGAGAAUAAAGUUACCUCCUCCUCCACCUUCACCUCCUCCUCCUUCUCCUUCUCCACCUCCACUUCCACCUCCACCUUCACCUCCUCCUCCUUCUCCAUCUCCACCUCCACUUCCACCUCCACCUCCACCUCCACCUCCUCCUCCCUCUCCUCCCCCUCCGCCACCACCUCCUGUCCCUCGCACGACACCCCCGCCACCGCCUCCUCCUGUCCCUCACACGCCACCCCCGCCACCACCUCCUCCUGUCCCUCACACGCCUCCCCCGCCACCGCCUCCUCCUGUCCCUCAAACGCCACCCCCGCCACCACCUCUUCCUCUCCCUCGCACGCCACCCCCGCCACCCCCUUCUCCUGUCCCUCACACGCCACCUUUUCCAGUACCUGACACGCCAUCACCGCCACCUGUCCCUCGCACGACACCCCCGCCACCGCCUCCUCCUGUCCCUCACACACCACCCCCGCCACCGCCUCCUCCUGUCCCUCACACGCCUCCCCCGCCACCGCCUCCUCCUGUCCCUCACACGCCAUACCCCGCCACCGCCUCAUCCUGUCCCUCAAAUGCCUCCCCGCCACCGCCUCCUCCUGUCCCUCGCACGCCACCCCCGCCACCGCCUCCUCCUGUCCCUCACACGCCACCCCCGCCACCGCCUCAUCCUGUCCCUCACACGCCUCCCCCACUGCCGCCUUUUCCAGUACCUCGCACGCCAUCCCCGCCACCGCCUUCACCGCCACCACCUCCUGUCCCUCGCACGACACCCCCGCUACCGCCUCCUCCUGUCCCUCACACGCCACCCCCGCCACCACCUCCUCCUGUCCCUCACACGCCUCCCCCGCCACCGCCUCCUCCUGUCCCUCAAACGCCACCCCCGCCACCACCUCUUCCUCUCCCUCGCACGCCACCCCCUCUACCCCCUUCUCCUGUCCCUCACACGCCUUCCACACCGCCACCUUUUCCAGUACCUCACACGCCAUCACCGCCACCGCCUCCUGUCCCUCGCACGACACCCCCGCCACCGCCUCCUCCUGUCCCUCACACACCACCCCCGCCACCGCCUCCUCCUGUCCCUCACACGCCUCCCCCGCCACCGCCUCCUCCUGUCCCUCACACGCCAUACCCCGCCACCGCCUCAUCCUGUCCCUCAAAUGCCUCCCCGCCACCGCCUCCUCCUGUCCCUCGCACGCCACCCCCGCCACCGCCUCCUCCUGUCCCUCACACGCCACCCCCGCCACCGCCUCAUCCUGUCCCUCACACGCCUCCCCCACUGCCGCCUUUUCCAGUACCUCGCACGCCAUCCCCGCCACCGCCUCCUCCUGUCCCUCGCACGUCACCCCCACCACCGCCUCCUCCUCCACCGCCUCCUCCUGUCCAUUACACGCCACGCCCGCCACCGCCUCCUCCUGUCCAUCGCACGCCACCCCCGCCACCGCCUCCUCCUGUCCCUUGCACGCCACCCCCGCCACCGCCUCCUCCUGUCCAUCGCACGCCACCCCCGCCACCGCCUCCUCCUGUCCCUUGCACGCCACCCCCGCCACCGCCUCCUCCUGUCCAUCGCACGCCACCACUCGCCGCAGCCUCCUCUUGUCCCUCGCACGCCACCCCCAUCGCCGACUCUUCCUGUCCCUCGCACGCCACCCCCAUCGCCAUAUCCUCCUAUCCCUCGCACGCUCAGCAUCCCACCCUGAACCUCCUGUCCAUCCCGCCUGAACACCCCCAGGUCAGCAUCCCACCCUGA